AUGCUCGCCGCCAUUAAUCGCGCCACGAUGAAUUUCCCAUUCUCAUACCCUUAUGACGACGAGUCGAGUUUUCAGUCCACGUAUGAUCCUUUAUCAAUGUCAAUGUCGACGUCAAUGGGGACGGUGUCCUCCGUUCCUCUUCCUAUCCAGCAGCACCACCAAGAUUCCAACAAGCGACGACAACGACGAUCUGACAACACGGCAAACGUCUUCCCCAGCCCUUGCGACAUACAGAGUCAGGAUUCGUCAUCAUCAUCAUCAUCCUCUUCUUUCCCAUCCGCCUGUCCUCUCGAUACAUACAGAAGCGAACCGUCGCGCUGGCGCGCCCUGGUGGCACGAGAUGCCCACGCCACCGACGCGUUCGUCUACGCCGUCGUCACCACAAAGAUCUACUGUCGCCCAGACUGCCCCGCGCGGCUGGCUCGACGGGCGAACGUCCGGUUCUUCGACCUGGCCGCACAGGCGGAGCGGGGUGGCUUCCGGGCUUGUAAGCGGUGCAAGCCGAAUCGGGCAAAGGCGUCUGUGUUUGGUGGUGGUGAGGUCGUGUCGUCGUCGACGUCAACAUCUUCAGCGCCGUCUCCUCGGUCCGAAGGGACUCCAGGUUCAUCGUCAGCAGCGGAAUCCCUCUCUGGUCCGAGGACCACCUCCCCCGUCUUGUUACCUGCGCCGGAUCAGCAAGGCCAGGAACAAGAACGGGAACAACAUAGCCAUGCGGCAGUAGACGGCCACGACGACGAAAACGAGAACGAGAACGAGAACGAGGACAUCCACGCCAAAAUCCAGCGUGCGGUACACCUCGUGCGUCAAGCGGCGCUGGAAAAGGCCCAGCCGUUGAGCCUCGCCCAGCUGUCCGCGCAGGUCGGCCUGAGUAAGUGGCAUCUACAGCGCGUGUUUAAGAAGAUCCAGGGCGUGACGCCGCGGGAGAUGGCGGAGCAGAUUCUCGAAGCGAAGGCGACGGCGACAACGUCACCAAAUCCAACACACUCUGCUGCAUCCAGUUCCAUGUCCAUGUCCAGAUCCCUUUCGAUCCCGGAAGGAGACGAAAUGACAACCUCUCGCCCUCACGCGCAGGGUCCCCAACCUCUUGCGCCACUACCUGUGAUGGGUUCCGCCACGGAGGAGUGGAUGGACGGCCUGCUCGACAGUGACAAUCUCUUCGAUUGUGACUAUGACUAUGACUAUGACUAUGACUUUGGGUAUAACGAUCCACGACCGCAGACACAGACGCAGACGCACCCGCAGCCGCACCCGCAGCAGUGGCAAUGGGAGGGAGCUCUGCCUCCACCUCAAGCAGCACCUCCGUCGGCGCAAUUCGCACAUGGCGUCCAGACCGUGAUGAUCCCUGUGGACAUGAACCCAAUUAUGGGUAUGGACUUUGACAUGGAGAUGGAUAUGAUCAUUGGUAUGGGUAUGGGUAUGGACAUCGACAUUGACAUGCACGCCUCCGACGCCGCCGAAAUAGAAGGGUUGCUGAACGACCUAUUCCCCGAGAUCCUUGUAUAA